AGCCCUGCAACGUAUCUAUCAAUACGAUAUGGGAGUAUAAACCUAGAAAGUGGUGGUCAAGUGGUAGAUGUGAUUGAGGCGGUGGCACAUCCUUCUUACAGUGAUUGGACACUUGACAACGACAUCGCUCUGAUCCGUACCAAAACACCAAUUACUUUGGACUCGUCGACGGCGAGUGUGAUCGCACUGCCAGAGCAGGACUCGGAUGUGGCGUCCGGACAAUCGGUUACUAUAACCGGUUGGGGAUAUACUACUGAAUCGGGACAACUCGCGCCAAUUUUGCAAAAGAUUUCAAUUCCAGUGGUUGAUAGAAAUGGAGACUCUGGAGGACCUGUAGUGGCGAAUGGGGUUCUUGUGGGUGCCGUGUCGUGGGGUUACGAGCAGACCUGUGCCCAACCCGACACUUAUGGGGUUUACACACGAAUUGCCAAAUUCAGGGAUUGGAUCAAAAUUAAAACAUUGAUU